UGGAGAGUGGAGGAUGGAGCAAACAUGAGCAGGAAAAAUUUGAAGUUACUCGUCGCCACGCCGCGGGGUUAAAUUGCUAAUGUAGAAUGUAGCGCAGCUUGUAGAUAUGGGAUACAGAUUGGAGAAGCCUUGAUCACCAUGCAUCAUCAAGGCCAGAGUUGAAUCUCUUCCUCAGUUCUGAACAAACAGUUGUCUUGAAGCUGGUGGUGUGAAUGGUUAAGGCUCAUCCAGAUAUAUUUGUUGUGGAAUCUGUCAGAGUGGCAUCUCUUGGGUAGCCAGGAUGCUGCUACACUAGUUUAUUCUUAUUAUUGCAUGUGUCAUCAAGAGUUUUUUUGUGACUGAAGCUGAUAAAUCAACUUGUCAACUACUUAAUAACAUAACUGAAAUAUGGAUCAGAAGAACUAUAUGAUGUUUACCCUUGGGGUUGGUGUGUCCCUUGGUAUCACAACACUCAUCCUGAUGUACAAGGUGGAGCGACUGUACCGGCUGUGCCUGGAGCUGCAGACCUCCCUCAGCGAGCUGCACACGCUGGUGGAGGAGUCGCACGCGAUCGCUGGGGGCCGGCAGACGGGCGCGCUGAAGAAGGCCGUCAGUCGCCUCACCUCCUCCACCACCGGCUCCUUCUACGACCCCGACACGGAGCCCGGCGCCGACAUGUGGUCCACCUGCUCCGAGAGGAAGUUCUACGAGCGCGUCGACCAGAGCGUUGACGAGCACCCGCUGCAGGCGGUGCAGGCGCUCGAGAUGCGCAAGAGCGAGUUCCAAAAUCACGUGGGCUGGCUGUGGCGCAUGGCGAAGGCGCAUCGGCUAAUCGCCCUGCAGACCAAGGACAAUGACAAGAGGCAGGCCGAGUUGUACAAAGCCAUCAGCUUCGCGGAGCGGGCGCUGGAGAAGAAGCCGCACAGCGCCGAGGCGCACAAGUGGUACGGCGUGUCGGUGGGCGCGCGCUCCGAGUUCGGCACCGUGCAGGACAAGAUCCGAGACGGCUUCGCCUUCAAGGAGCACAUCGACAUCGCCGUCAAGCUCAGCCCGCGCGACCCCAUGCUGCACCACCUGCUCGGCCGCUUCUGCUACGAGGUGUCGGGCCUGUCGUGGAUCGAGCGUAAGGCAGCGGCCGCGCUGUUUGGCUCCGUGCCGACGGCCACCGUGGAGGAGGCGCUCGAGCAGCUGCUGACCGCGGAGCAGCUCAGCAAGCAGCCCUGGCUCGAGAACCGGUAUAUCAUCUCAAGGUGUUAUGUUGCCCAGAAGAAGUACAAAGAAGCGAUUGCGUGGAUCGACAAAGCGGCCGCCUGUCCCAUCACGUCCGUGCAGGACGAGGAGACGGGCAAGCUGGUCAAGGUCAUGCAGGCCAAGUACAGCUCGUACCGACGCUGAGGGCAGGCGCGGUGUGACUGGCUGGCGGGGGCGGUCCGCCAGAGAACUGCCCCGAGUCAGCGGGGAUGGGCGGUCCGCUGCGGAGCCGACCCGGGUCAGGCUGUGCCGUUGUCUCUCAUUUCGCUAGUGUUGACGCUUCAGCGACGCGCGUCUCGAUGUUAGCGAGGCUGUUGUCGAGGCGAGACGCCUCUACGAGUCCACCCCCGGAGGCGGCGACCUAGCUCCGAAGGGAGGGGGGGGGGGGGCGAAUGUGCCCAUCUGUAGUCAGUCACCGAUACCGAUGCGAUUCGUGCUCCCCGAUGGGGAAGCCUGCUCUUAUUGGGUUAGGCUGGCGUUGUUCCGCUUUUUAACAUGCGUGAUAGAAUUGGGGUCCGUUUCGACCAGGGGUACCAACACUCGGACAUCAAGCCGUUACGUGUAUGCAAACCCGAAACCAUGCGCUUUCCCGGGGACUAGAUCCCUUGUCAUUCCAAUUGUUUUUUCACGUGCGCCGUCGUUGUAAAUCGGAGAUGUUCACUUUAAACCUCAAUUGUUUACUUAUGAGAACUGCGCCAGAGUUGUUAACCGAACAUUGUACGUUUAUAAACUGGCACUACCCAUGUGCAUCGAGUCAA